AUGGGUUGCUCAUUCAGUUGCUCAAUUAAUGGUGAUUUGCCGGAGGAUGAAAACGAUCCAUUUCUGCUAGACAGAAAGGCCAAUGAUGCAAUCGAGCAGAAUCUUAAUUUGGAGAAGCAAAAGGGUAAGAAUGAAACCAAGCUGUUGUUGCUUGGUGCGGGUGAGUCUGGUAAGUCUACGGUUCUAAAGCAAUUAAAAUUAUUGCACCAAGGAGGGUUUACUCAUGAGGAAAGACAGCGGUAUAGUCAAGUGAUUUGGGCAGAUGCUAUACAGUCCAUGAAGAUAUUAAUUAUUCAAGCCAGAAAGUUAGGGGUUCCGUUAGAUUGUGAUAAUCCCGAGAAGAAUAGGCGGUUAUUUGAAUGCAAGAGGCUAAUACUUCAGGCGAAGGCAUUGGAUCACAUCGAUGCCAGUGUAGCUGGUGGGCCUGAAUUUCUGAAUGACUAUGUGUUGAAGUAUUCUGAGCGUAGUGAGAACAAGCGUCGUGUGCAGAGUACUGGGAGGGCAGAAGCAUUUAAUCCGGAUGUUCCUGAAGCGAGCCAAGAUAAAGGUAUUGACUUACAAGAGGUAUCGAUGGGACUAAAUGAGCAAAACGGAGACAGCGAUUCUUCGGGUUUGUUUAUGAAACCCCAAACCACACAACAAAGUUCUGUUAAACAUGUUUCAAACGAACAGAUAGCCCAUGCGAUUAGGCAACUAUGGGACCACGACAAGGGCAUAAGACAGUGUUUUGCUCGUUCCAAUGAGUUCCAACUUGAGGGCUCCGCCGCUUAUUAUUUCGACAACAUCGAAAAAUUCGCCCAGCCUCACUACGUCAGCACAGAUGACGACAUCUUAAAAGGCCGUAUCAAAACAACAGGAAUCACAGAGACACAAUUCACAAUUGGAUCAAACAAAUUCAACGUAUUAGAUGCAGGCGGGCAGCGAUCUGAAAGAAAAAAAUGGAUCCAUUGUUUUCAAGACAUCACGGCCGUCCUAUUCGUGCUUGCCGUGAGCGAAUAUGACCAAAUGCUGUUCGAAGAUGAACGUGUGAAUCGUAUGCAUGAAGCUAUUAUGCUCUUUGACUCAUUAUUGAAUUCAAAGUGGUUCUACAACACCCCUUUUAUCCUGUUCCUGAAUAAAGUCGACAUAUUUGAGGAUAAAAUAAAACGCUCUCCGAUCAGGCAAACUUUCCCCGACUAUCCAGGGAGAGUAGGCGACGCUGAAACUGGUUUGAAGUACUUCGAACGUAUAUUCCUCUCCCUAAACCGUAGCAAGAAACCCAUCUAUGUCCAUAGAACAUGUGCCACUGACACCCGUUCAAUGAAGUUCGUGCUGAGCGCUGUCACCGACCUCAUCGUACAACAGAACCUCAAGAAAAGCGGUUUCUUGUGA